AUGUCUACUAUUGGCUGGACUGUAGACGACUGGAAAAAGUUUCACUUUGAAUCCACACCUGAACACUCAUUCAAACUUUUACAAAAUGUUCUUGGCUCCCAAAAAAUAGCUCCUGAGGACCCAGCAUGGAUCUCUUUGGCCACAGAAGAGAAUCUCCGUCAUCAAUGGAAUUUUUUGCAAUCUAAAGCCCAGAAAGAAACACUACCACUUUAUGGUGUCCCCAUCGCCGUUAAGGAUAACAUCGAUGUGAAAGGUUUCGAAACCACUGCUGCAUGUCCAUCAUUUGCAUACAAACCAGAGCAGGAUGCAACAACAGUAAAGCUCUUGCGAGACGCUGGUGCUAUCAUAUUGGGAAAGACCAACUUAGACCAAUUUGCUACCGGUUUGGUUGGUACCAGAUCUCCUUAUGGUAUCACUCCAAAUACCUUUAACAAAGACUAUGUUAGCGGUGGCUCAUCGGCCGGAUCAGCCUCCGUUGUUGCUAGAGGAAUUGUACCGUUGUCAUUAGGUACCGACACUGCUGGUUCAGGAAGAGUCCCUGCUGCAUUAAACAAUAUUAUUGGGUUGAAGCCAACAAAAGGUGUCUUUUCUUGUAGCGGUGUUGUCCCCGCAUGCAAAUCAUUAGACUGUGUAUCGAUAUUUGCUUUAAACUUACAAGACGCUCAAUUGACAUUUGAAAUCAUGGCCAAAGAGGAUGGCGACAAUGAUGAAUAUUCAAGGGCAAUGCCAUCCAACCCAACAUUGAAAUUCUCGAAAAAACCCAGAGUUGCUGUGCCUACCAAUUUGGUUUGGUGCGGUGAAAAGGAGAACCCAGGAUUGUAUAACAAAGCAGUUGACAUUUUCACACAAAAAGUUGGCGUCGAGGUUGUUCCAUUAGAUAUCGAACCAUUGCUUGAUUUAGCAAAGUGUUUAUACGAAGGUCCUUGGGUAACGGAAAGAUUUGUUGCAGUUAGGGACUUUUUGGCUACAAAUCCCCCAGACAAAGAUCUUGAUCCAACAGUUAUGAAGAUUGUUAAAGGAGGUGAAAAUUAUUCUGCUGCUGCUUGCUUUGAAUUUGAAUACAAAAGACAACGAAUUUUACAAAAAGUCAAGAAACUCUUGAAGGAUAUCGAUGCUAUAAUUGUGCCAACUGCCCCAUUGAACCCAACCAUUAAAGAGGUUUUGGCAGAACCAAUCAAGGUAAAUUCAUGUCAAGGUACAUACACAAACUUUGUUAACUUGGCCGACUUAUCAGCUUUGGCUAUCCCAGCCGGUUUCAGAAAAGAUGGUCAACCAUUUGGUAUCACGUUGUUGUCUCAUAAAUUCAACGAUUACGCAUUGCUCGAUCUAGCAAGUCGUUAUCUCAAACCAUAUGCCGAAACUGUUCCACAUUUCUAUGGCGCUUUGAAGGAAAAGCUCAUUGAGUCUACCAUCCACAACGAGUUGCAUCAACAAGUACCCGCAAUCGCCAAAGACGAUCUGAUCAAAUUGGCAGUUGUUGGUGCUCACCUUAAAGGCUACCAAUUGCAUUGGCAAUUGGAAAAAGUCAAUGCGAGAUUCAUAGAGUCCACAACCACCUCAAAGCAUUACAGAUUAUAUGCAUUACCCAAGACGGGACCAGUUGCCAAACCAGGUUUGAGAAGAGUUGUUACUGAUGCUAAUAAAAAUGCCAAUGAUGAUAAUGAUGAUGAUAAUAAUAAUAAUAAUAAUGAUAACACUGAAGGUACAACAAAUGACCAUGUAAACAAUGGCGGAAGCUGCAUCGCUUUGGAAGUUUACUCAAUUCCAAGAGAAUCAUUUGGUACAUUUAUCAGUAUGGUACCCGAGCCAUUGGGAAUUGGAUCAGCUGAAUUAAAAUCUGGUGAAUGGGUCAAGUCUUUUAUUUGCGAGGAAGUUGGUUAUAAUGCCCCAGGAACAGUUGAUAUUACAUCAUUUGGUGGUUGGGAUAAUUACCAGAAACACUUGAAAAGCGAGAGCGAAAAACACAAGAAGCCAUUUAAUUCUGUGCUAGUUGCCAACAGAGGUGAGAUUGCAGUGCGUAUCAUCAAGACUUUGAAGAAAUUGGGAAUCAAGUCUAUUGCCAUUUACUCAGAUCCUGACAAGUAUGCCGAGCAUGCACUUAUUGCUGAUGUUGCAGUACCAUUACACGGAACCACCGCAGCCCAAACCUACAUUGACAUUGACAAAGUGAUCAAAGCUGCAAAGGACACUGGAGCGGAGGCUAUCAUCCCAGGUUAUGGGUUCCUUUCCGAAAAUGCUGAUUUUUCAGACAGAUGUGGUAAGGAAGGCAUAGUGUUUGUUGGUCCAUCAGGGGAUGCUAUUAGAAAAUUGGGUCUUAAACAUUCUGCUAGGGAAAUUGCCGAAGCAGCUGGUGUACCCCUUGUACCUGGUUCCGGAUUGGUUAAGGACUCCAAAGAGGCCAAGGAAAUUGCUGCUAAAUUGGAAUACCCAGUGAUGGUUAAGUCUACAGCUGGUGGUGGUGGUAUUGGUUUGCAAAAAGUUGACUCUGAAAAGGAUAUUGAGCGUGUUUUUCAAACCGUACAACACCAAGGAUUGUCAUAUUUUGGUGACUCUGGUGUGUUUUUGGAAAGAUUUGUUGAAAAUGCAAGACACGUUGAGAUCCAAAUGCUUGGAGAUGGUUACGGAAAUGCCAUUGCUGUUGGUGAAAGAGAUUGUUCAUUACAAAGAAGAAACCAAAAGAUUAUUGAAGAGACACCCGCACCAGAUUUACCAGAAGCCACUAGACAAAAAAUGAGAAAAGCCGCUGAGAGUUUGGGUGCAUCAAUGAAGUACAAGUGUGCUGGUACUGUUGAGUACAUUUACGAUCCCAAGAGAGACGAAUUCUACUUUCUCGAAGUGAACGCUAGGCUUCAAGUUGAACACCCAAUUACCGAGAUGGUUACCGGGCUCGACUUGGUUGAGUGGAUGCUUUUGAUUGCAGCCGAUACUCCACCUGACUUUAAUCAAAAGAUUGAAGUUAAAGGUGCCUCAAUGGAAGCUAGAUUAUACGCUGAAAAUCCAGUGAAAGAUUUCAUGCCUUCGCCGGGCCAACUUACUGAAGUUUCUUUCCCUGGCUGGGCCAGAGUUGAUACUUGGGUUGAAAAAGGUACAGUUGUUUCUGCUGAAUAUGAUCCAACUUUGGCCAAGAUUAUUGUGCACGGUAAAGAUAGAAACGACGCAUUAAAGAAAUUGCGCCAAGCAUUGGAUGAAACCAAGGUUUAUGGUUGUGUUACAAACAUUGACUAUCUCCGUUCAAUUGCAAACUCCAAGAUGUUUGAAGAAGCUAAAGUUGCUACUAAAGUAUUGGAUUCGUACGAUUACAAGCCACGUGCAGUAGAAAUUUUAGCUCCAGGUGCCUACACAACAGUUCAAGAUUAUCCUGGUAGAAGAGGCUACUGGAAUAUUGGUGUUCCACCUUCGGGAUGUAUGGAUCAGUUCUCGUUCAGAUUGGCUAAUCGAAUUGUUGGUAAUGAUGAGAAGGCUCCAGGUAUGGAAAUCACACUUAACGGACCAAAGUUGUUGUUUCACCAAGAAUGUGUUGUUGCUGUUACAGGUGGUGACUGUCCGGUUGAAGUUAAUGAUGAAAAAGUUAAUCAAUGGGAACCAAUUCAAAUCAAUAGCGGUGACAAAUUGUCCAUUGGCAAAUUGACUUCGGGUUGCAGAGCAUAUCUUGCCAUCAGAGGUGGUAUUGAUGUCUUGGAGUACUUGGGUUCGAGGUCAACAUUUGCAUUGGGUAAUCUUGGAGGUCACAAUGGACGUGUAUUGAAAUUGGGAGACGUGCUUUUCCUUGGACAACCAGAAUUGCCAAGCUGUACAUUGCCAGCACCUACUUCUGCGCCAUCAUCAAUCCCCAAAGCAUUGAUUCCAAACUACAACAAUAAAAUUUGGCAGAUUGGUGUUACAUGUGGUCCACAUGGUUCCCCAGAUUUUUUCAAACCAGAAUCCGUUGCUGAGUUCUUUUCAACCACAUGGAAAGUUCAUUACAAUUCCAACAGAUUUGGUGUGAGAUUAAUUGGUCCUAAACCUAAAUGGGCUAGAGCCGAUGGUGGUGAGGCUGGUUUGCAUCCUUCAAACACUCACGACUAUGUCUACUCCAUGGGUGCAGUCAACUUUACUGGUGAUGAGCCUGUUAUCUUGACAUGUGAUGGUCCAAGUUUGGGUGGUUUUGUUUGUGAAGCUGUUGUUGCUGAGAGCGAGUUAUGGAAGGUUGGUCAAGUUAAACCUGGCGAAGAGAUUCAAUUUGUACCAAUCACAUAUGAAACAGCAAGAAGAUUCAAGCAUCAACAAGAUAAACUCGUGGACUCAUUGACUGGAGCAUUGCCUUCAUUGGACAACGAGAGUUUGGAGCAUCCACAAACACCAAUCUUACAUCAAUUCCAAGUUUCUGAACAAGCUCCAAUGGCUACAUAUCGUCAAGCUGGUGAUCGCUACAUUCUUGUUGAGUAUGGUGAAAACAUUCUCGAUUUGAACAAAGCAUACAGAAUUCACAAAUUGGUGGAGAUGGUUAAGGAGUACAAGCCAAAAGGUAUUUUUGAAUUGUCUCCCGGUGUUAGGUCAGUAUUGGUUGAAUUCACUGAUGAUGUUACUCAAACCGAGGCUUUAAACACUUUGAUUGCUUAUGAGAAGGAAAUUGCAUUUACAAACAAAUGGCAGGUUAAGUCUAGAGUCCUUAAAUUGCCUAUGGCUUUUGAAGACAAAAAGACUUUGGAUGCAGUUAAGAGGUAUCAAGAAACUAUUAGAAGCGAUGCUCCAUGGUUGCCAAACAAUGUUGAUUUUAUUGCCAACAUCAAUGGGAUCACACGUGAUGACGUUAAGGACAUGUUGUACACAGCAAGAUUCCUUGUUUUGGGUUUGGGUGAUGUUUUCCUUGGUGCACCUUGUGCCGUGCCAUUGGAUCCAAGACACAGAUUUUUGGGUACCAAAUAUAAUCCAUCUAGAACUUUUACGCCAAAUGGUACAGUUGGUCUUGGUGGUAAUUACAUGUGUAUCUACACCAUGGAAUCUCCAGGUGGAUACCAAUUGGUUGGUAGAACAGUCCCAAUUUGGGACAAGUUGACUCUUGGUGCUCACUCAACCGAUAAGAACAAGCCAUGGCUCUUGAUGCCAUUCGACCAGAUUGAGUUUUACCCAGUUACCGAAGACGAGGUUGACAAAUUUUCCGAGGAGAUGAAUGCAGGCAAGUUUGAGAUUGAGAUUGUUGAUUCCGUGUUUGACCAUGGCAAAUACUUGCAGUGGAUCCAAGCCAAUUCCGAGUCUAUUGAGCAAUUCCAAAAAUCGCAACACGGCGAGAAAUUGGAGGAGUUUAACAAAUUGAUCCAAAUCUCCAAUAGUGAAUUGGAAAAGAAUGGACAAAACAAGUUGCUGGAUGAUGAAAAGUUUUCUGAGGAUGCCGAGAUGGUGUAUUCCGAAUACUCUGGUAGAUUCUGGAAGAGUCUUGUGCAAGUCGGUGACGAAGUUAAAAGCGGGCACCCAUUGGUUGUCAUUGAAGCUAUGAAAACCGAGAUGAUGGUAAAUGCACCACGUGAUGGAAAGGUUGUUAAGAUCUACCACAAAAAUGGUGACAUGGUUGAUGCUGGAGAUCUUGUAGUGGUUUUAGAGUAA